AUGUCAGCCUUCAACACCUCAGAAGUGGAAAUCUCUACCUUCUUCCUGAUUGGGAUUCCAGGGAUGGAGAGAGCUCACAGUUGGUUGUCUCUCCCCAUUUGCCUCAUGUACCUCCUUGCCAUCCUGGGGAACUGCACCAUCCUGUUUUUCAUAAAGACAGAGAGCUCUCUGCAUGAGCCUAUGUAUUAUUUCCUCUCCAUGCUGGCAGUUUCUGACCUGGGACUGUCCAUCUCUUCCCUUCCAACCAUGCUGAGAAUCUUCUUAUUCAAUGCCACAGGAAUUUCCCCUAAUGCCUGCUUUGCUCAAACAUUUUUCAUUCAUGGAUUCUCAGCUAUGGAAUCAUUAGUACUUCUCAUUAUGUCCAUUAAUUGCUUUAUAGCCAUCUAUAAUCCUUUGAGAUACACCUCAAUUCUUACCAGUGCCAGAGUCAUUAAAAUUGGCCUUGUACUUUCUGGAUUAAUUAUUUUAUUCAUCCUUCCUUUCCCCUUUAUUCUACAGAGGCUGAAAUUUUGUAAGAAAAGCCUUUUAUCCCACUCCUACUGCCUUCACCAGGAUGUCAUGAAGCUGGCCUGUUCUGACAACAGAGUCAAUAUUAUCUAUGGAUUUUUUGUGGUUUUUAUAGCUAUGCUAAAUUUGGUGUGCAUUUCUGUGUCUUACAUGCUGAUACUGAAAAUUGUUCUGGGCAUUGCCUCACACGAGGUCCGCCUCAAGGUCCUCAACACUUGCACCUCCCACUUCUGUGCUGUACUCAUUUUUUAUAUACCUAUUUUCACCUUGGCUACUCUGCAUCACUUUGCCAAAAAUGCUUCUCCUGUUAUUAGAAUCAUUAUUGCCAAUGUCUCCCUUUUGGUUCCUCCUCUAAUGAAUCCCAUUGUGUACUCUGUGAAGAAUCAGCAGAUUAGAAGUCUGAUCCGGGGGACGUUAUGUGAGAAACAAGGUUGA